AGAUAGUGUAAUAAUACCAAAACUCUUGAGAGAUUCAUCAGUUUUUUUCUUGAAGAUAAUGAAAAUGGAAGUAGGCAAGAGGAUGGAGAUGUUAGAGAGGAAGUCGUCUAUAGAGACAGAGCCUAUGACAUUGCAUCUCGAUCAAAUAGAAAAUGCUCGAGAGGAAGCAUUGUUUGUGAUGAAAACAAAGACAUUUCAGGAAGCUAUGGAUAUUUUCACAAAGGAGACGCAAGAGGGGUUAAGGGAUGAGGAGGAGAAAAGAGGAAGAAGAUGUUUAGAUUUGAAGGACUAUGAAUAUGAUGAUGAAGACGAGAGAUUAAUCUUUCUUGAUCCUCUUGGUUGGGACAUUGUCUCAGCUCCAUUUUAAUUACAAGAAACGUUUUCAUCUCUCUUUUUAGUUUUCCUAUACUCCUCAAAUUAGUCCUUCUUGUAAAUAUAUGUAAUUAUGUAUGGUAAAAGAUGUUUUGGUGGUCUUGUAAAAGAAGUUUUUGAUACUGAACUGAAUACACGUUCUAUAUUUUCAAAUCUUCGUCUAUUUGAAAAUUAGAAACCAUUAAUU